UCCCUCCCUGCCAGCUCCCAGAAGGCCCGCAGCCCAGACGCCUGCUCACUGGCCCUGGAGCACAGCCCCACCCCAGCCUGCCAGGCUCCUGUCCUGCACCCGACCUGGUGCAACCCCCACCCCCGUCCAGGGCAGCAGCUUCACCAGCCUCUGGGUCCCUGCUUCACCUCUCCACCUCGGAAGGCUGACCUUUCCAUUCCUGUCUGUGUCUGACUUUUCCUGCCGGGCUUGGGCCCCCCUGUGGCCCCCCUCACCGUGUCUGUGAUUGAGCCCCCUUCCUGCCUCCUGAAGAGCAACCAUGGCCACCUACAAAGUCAGGGUGGCCACAGGCACCGAUUUCUUGUCGGGAACCAUGGACUCCAUCUCUCUGAUCAUCGUGGGGACUCAGGGAGAGAGCCAUAAGCAGCUGCUGAAUCACUUUGGGAGAGAUUUUGCAACUGGUGCGGUGGACGACUACACUGUCCAGUGUCAGCAGGACCUGGGGGACCUCAUCAUCGUCCGCCUGUACAAGGAGCGCUACUCCUUCUUCCCCAAGAACCCCUGGUACUGCAACUACGUGCAGGUCUGUGCACCCAAUGGCCGCAUCUACCACUUCCCUGCCUACCAGUGGAUAGACGGCUAUGGGACCCUGGCGCUCCGGGAGGCUACAGGAAAGACAGCAGCAGAUGACACACUCCCGAUCCUUCUGGAACACCGAAAGGAGGAGCUCAGAGCCAAGCAGGACUUCUACCAAUGGAGAGUCUUUGUUCCUGGCCUGCCCAACUACGUACACAUUCCCAGCUACCGCCCUCCUGCCCGGAGAAACCCCAACCGGCCGGAGUGGAAUGGCUAUAUCCCGGGGUUCCCGAUUCUCAUAAACUUUAAGGCCACCAAGUUCCUGGACUUAAAUCUGCGCUACUCCUUCAUCAAGACGGCCUCCUUCUUCCUCCGCCUGAGCCCCAUGGCACUGGGGUUCAAACUCCGCGGCCUGGUGGACAGCAAACGGUCCUGGAAGAGACUGAAGGACAUUAAGAAAAUUUUCCCUGGCAAUAAAUCUGUCGUCUUCGAGUACGUGGCUGAGCACUGGGCAGAGGACAGCUUCUUUGGGUACCAGUACCUCAAUGGCAUCAACCCAGGCCUGCUCUGCCGCUGCACGCGGAUCCCGGACAAGUUCCCGGUCACAGACGACAUGGUGGCCCCCUUCCUGGGCGAGGGAACGUGCCUACAAGCGGAACUGGAGAAGGGGAACAUUUACCUGGCCGACUACCGCAUCUUGGAGGGCAUUCCCGCCGUUGAACUUAACGGCCAGAAGCAGUACCACUGUGCCCCACUCUGCCUGCUGCACUUUGGCCGGGAAGGGAACCUCCUGCCUAUUGCCAUCCAGCUCAGCCAGACCCCCGGGCCCGACUGCCCCAUCUUCCUGCCCAGUGACUCCGAGUGGGACUGGCUGCUGGCCAAGACAUGGGUGCGCUAUGCUGAGUUCUACUGCCACGAGGGCAUCUCCCACUUACUGGAGACCCACCUCAUCGCUGAGGCCUUCUGCCUGGCCAUGCUGAGGCAGCUACCCAUGUGCCACCCCCUCUACAAGCUCCUCAUCCCCCACACCCGAUACACCAUCCAGAUCAACAGCAUCGGGCGGGCUGUCCUCCUUAAUGAAGGGGGGCUCUCUGCCAGGAGCAUGUCCCUGGGCCUGGCGGGCUUUGCCGAGGCGAUGGUGCGGGCUCUGUCGGAGAUCAACUAUGACAACCUCUACCUCCCCGACGACUUCGUGAGACGUGGGGUUCAGGACCUGCCAGGGUAUUAUUACCGUGAGGACAGCCUGGCAGUGUGGGACGCACUGGAGAGGUAUGUGACAGAGAUCAUCACCUACUAUUACCCGUGUGACGCUGCUGUGGAAGGUGACCUGGAAUUGCAGUCCUGGGUGCAGGAGAUAUUCAAGGAGUGCCUACUAGGGCGUGAGAGUUCAGGCUUCCCCACAUGCUUGCGAACUCUGCCUGAGCUGAUCCGAUAUAUCACCAUUGUCAUCUACACCUGCUCUGCAAAGCACGCAGCUGUCAACACAGGGCAGUUGGAGUUCACCGCCUGGAUGCCCAACUUCCCCUCAUCCAUGCGGAACCCACCAAUACAGGCCAAGGGGCUGACCACACUGGAGACCUUUCUUGACACAUUGCCGGAUAUUAAGACCACAUGCAUCACCCUACUGGUGCUUUGGACACUCAGUCGGGAGCCCGACGACAAGCGGCCCCUGGGCCACUUCCCGGACAUCCACUUCGUGGAGGAGGCCCCGCGGAGGAGCAUAGAGACCCUCCGCCAGCGCCUGGCCCAGAUCUCACACAACAUCCGCCAACGCAACAAGUGUCUCCCCAUCCCCUACUACUAUCUGGACCCCGUGCUGAUCGAGAACAGCAUUUCUAUUUAGGAUGGCCCCUCUCCACUCAACUUUCCUGCCCUGCACCCGCCUGUUUUCCAAUAAAAUCACU